UUAGGUAUUUCAGGUAUCCUUUUUGUAAAGAUAUUGUACCUUGAUUUUUUCUCCUACUGUGAUUAUGUCUAUGUUUUAAUGUCUUAAAUUAGGGUGGUAACCAAUGUACAUAGAUUUAUCAAUACCAGAUUUUUUGUGUUGUCUGAUUAUUGGAAAGUUUAGUUCCUCCUUAAUUUCUCCUUUGUUGCCUUCUGCCUGGUUUUGGCUUAAUCAUGCUUUUACUUUUUUCACUUGUCAUGUAUUCCGUGUAGGAGAAAAAUUUCCAUCUGUGUCUUUUGCAGUGCAUAGUAUUCACUUAGGAGCUGACUAAGAGGAUAGAAGUGUCACUGAAGAUGUUUUCUGAGGAAGGAAACAAUGACACACACAUGUCUACCACGUUAAACUCAUCCCUAGGGCACUCAGUUGUGGUGAGCUAGCUCCCUUGUCUCCUUCCCAGGAAAAUGGGGGGCAACCAGACUUCUGUCACAGAGUUCCUCCUGGUGGGAUUCCCACUCAGCCCAAGGAUGCAGCUGCUCCUGUUUGGGCUCUUCUCCGUGUUCUAUGCCUUCACCCUGCUGGGCAACGGGGUCAUCCUGGGGCUCAUCUCACUGGACUCCAAACUGCACACCCCCAUGUACUUCUUCCUCUCUCAGCUGGCCACUGUCGACAUAGCCUAUGCCUGCAACACAGUGCCCCAGAUGCUGGUCAACCUCCUGAGCCCAGCCCAGCCCAUCUCCUUUGCUGGCUGCUUGACACAGACCUUUCUCUUCAUGAUUUUUGCUCUCACUGAAUGUCUUCUCCUGGUGGUGAUGUCCUAUGAUCGGUAUGUGGCCAUCUGCCUGCCCCUUCGGUAUUCUACCAUCAUGAGCUGGAGAGUCUGCAUCACCCUGGUAGUGGCUUCCUGGACUUCAGGGUUCCUCCUGGCCCUAGUACAUAUGGUGUUACUCUUACCGUUGCCCUUCUGUGGGCCCCAAAAUGUGAAUCACUUCUUGUGUGAACUUCUAGCUGUUCUUAAACUUGCCUGUGCUGAUACCCACCUUAACGAGGUUGUGAUUGUGGCUGCGGGAAUGUUGGUGCUGGUGGGACCAGUGUCUGCAAUUGUGGUCUCCUAUGCUCACAUUCUACGUGCUGUCCUGAAGAUCCAGUCAGCAGAGGGGCGCUGGAAAGCUUUCUCCACCUGCUCCUCCCACCUCUGUGUGGUGGGGCUCUUUUAUGGCACAGCCAUUAUCAUGUAUAUUGGACCCCAACAUGGGGACCCUCAAGAGAAGAAGAAGUACCUCCUCCUGUUUCACAGCCUCUUCAAUCCCAUGCUGAAUCCCCUGAUCUACAGUCUGAGGAACAGGGAAGUCAAGGCUGCUCUGAGAAGGAGGCUGGGAAAGGGGAGACCUUCGUGAGAGCCUCACAGAUAGAACGUAACUGAGUGUAAAGAGUUACCUCAUCCGAUACAUGCACAGGACACAGAGACAUGCUCUAGGCCUAAGGCGUCUUUGACACGAUCUUGGAUUUUUCCUGUGACUUCCUCCCAAGAAAGCCCAUUCUGAUGCUUCCCUCUGAGGAUGCUGCACAAGAAAAUGAACCUUCUUUCAGCUCUCUGC